ACGCCAGGCGCAGUCAGGAGCCUCAUUGUGAGAGUGGAAAGUUGUGAAAGACCAGAUAAACUGCACUCUGGGAAUGGGACCACAAAUUACAAGCAAGAAGAACUUUGCCUUCUAUCGGGUAAUUCCACUCCGAAGACAUAUUUUCAUCCAAAGGGAAUAAACGUGUCCUCUAUAUCAGAAGAAAAAAAACAGGUGUAAGAAAAUCACAAAUGGGAUGAAGUAGGGAAACAUUUUUAUUUAUUUUUUUAAAGCACUCUGUUAGUCACCCACAAACUUUUUUUUAAAGUUAAAUCUUAAAAAUAUAGUCUUUUGGGAAACAUUUAUGACACCGAGGCUUUGAGGUAUACUGUAGUCUAUGUUCUUCCCUAGAAUAAAGCAACGGAAGUCUUUUGUUAGAAAGGCUGUGAUUUCUAAAGGUGCGUCUCUGGGGCCCUGUGGUGUAUGGCGCUAAAAGGUGUCAGAGCACGCAUAGAGGUUUAUUGGUUUCCAUCUGAGUUAACAUGGCGAAGUGGUUCAAAGAGUUCCCUAUCAAUCUGAAGAACGGAACCGACAGGAUCCGCUCAGCCUCCGAGUCAGGCUCGCAACCCAGAGCCAAUAUAACCGGGAUGGUGGCCAGCAUUGGUACCAAAACAACAGCCUCCAAAACGGGCCAGCGCAAGAACUCCUCUUCCGACAGCACAGGCGGAGGAGGUGGGGGAGUCGGGUCUCUCCUGUCCGGGAGAAACCGAAAGAACUCGGAGUUAGCUAAAAAUGGUGCAAGCUCCCCGAAAGAAGGGAAAGUUUGGGACAACCUCCUGUCUGGUAAAAGUCGCAAGAACUCAAAAGCAGAGCCUGUGUUUGAGGAGCAGCACAGACCUCUGAAAACGUCUCCAUCUGCAAACUCCUACAUAAGCCGGCUUAUCAGAGUGGACAAACAGGACAAAAGCCCCAACUUCAACAGCAGCACCAUCACCAACCCUGUGGUACCUGAGGCAGAGAAACUAGGCCAGUGCAAGAUAGAAGCAGUGAUCAUCCUUGAGGAUUACGCAGAUCCCUUUGAUGCUCAGAAGAAAAGAGAGUCGAGGGAAGUCGAGAGGGUCGGGGAGAACGAUGGUUACAUGGAGCCUUACGAUGCCCAGCAGAUGAUUACAGAGAUUAGACGUCGGGGGUCCAAGGACCUCCUGAAGGUGUGUGUGAUUAUGGAGACAAGCGAGGGAGCGGUUGAGGAGGGUCAGCCGGUGCCCUCACAGAUAUAUGACGUCCCGUACGAGGGGGGAGGGGACGGGGACAAGACGACCCUCACACGGCCCGAGAUUGACCCUCGCCCCUCCGCUGAGUACGAGCUGCCCUGGGAGAGGAAGAAGGAGCAGAUUGUGAAAACUCUGUCGGCACAGUUUGACAGCCCUGAGCGGCAAAACAGAGAUGAGACGCCUCACCCCACCCUCACCAGGCAGCCGCAACAUCCGCCCGCCCAGCCCCCACUACAGCAUCAGCAGCACCAGCCGCCACCGCAGCAUCAGCAGCAUCAUCUGAGGCAGAAAAGCUGGACGCAGAAGAUCCUCCGGUCCUCCCCUCCCACCCUGCCACGCUCCUCCAUCCCUAACAGCAACACUGAAACUGAGGCCUGCUGCAUCGACCCCUCCCUGCCCCUGGAGAAACAGAGGUGGUACCAUGGCUGUGUGACUCGUCAGGAGGUGGAGUCUCAGCUGCAGUCCUGUAAAGAGGCCAGCUUCCUGGUCAGGAACAGCGAGUCGGACAACAGCAAGUACUCCAUCGCCCUCAAGACAAGCCAAGGCUGCGUCCACAUCAUGGUUGCUCAGACCAAAGAAAGCGGCUACACCCUGGACCAGAGCAGCUGUGUGUUCCCCAGCAUCCCAGAGGUGGUGCACCACUACUGCUCUCAGCGCCUGCCUUUCAACGGCGCAGAGCACAUGACCCUGCUGCACCCCGUGCCUCGCAUCCACUGACUCCACCCUGGCCCUGCUUAGGUAUACAAAGCAAUCCCACCUCGAGGCCUGCUUGGACAAAAUGUUUCAGAAAGCCAGUCAGAGCCCUCAUCCGUUUGAUCAAUAUGUGCUUCUACUGCUCCAUCUCAAUUUGCAAGUCUAUAUUUUGAAUUAUUAUUUGAUGAUCUGAAAAAAUGUGUGCGUCGCUUGGUGCCUUCUUCUGUGUUUGUUUUUACUUGGAUGUGCUGCUGAUGCAAAGUUUCCUGGCUGCUGCUUUGCAUGUUAACAAGGGAACACAAGGCACUUUUAAUGAUGAAAUGUUACCUGGAGUUAGAUUGGGAACAAAACUCAUCCACACAUGUUAUGUUUUAAUUAUCCAAUGUGACUCUAUUAGACACUACACGUGAUAUUUUUGUAAUUGCUGCUUAGUGGAUUUCUUUUUACCAUGCAAUCGACUGUUUAUAUGGAGUGAUAGUCGCUGUUUGUGGCUCUCUUUCUCCCUCUGGUGGAUGUGCUGGUACACUGCACCAACAUGCCAACACAAAGACUUAUCUUCUUUUCUUAAAAUUGAUUUUUGGUGAAAUCCAUAGACAGAGCGUAUCAUUCCACUUAAGAUAUGAACAACACCAGCUAUUUUAAUAUUUGUGCUCGCAGCAUAUUUCUAAUUGAUGCUCUAAUACUGUCAGUAACUACUGCCCCUUGACGAUUUCCUUUGUUUUGCUGUGAAUGAGGGAGUUGUUUCCACUGUGUUAUCUGCACUGUGAAGAGUGAGUGAUUCACCCUGAUGAAAUGUGCUAAAGGACCAUGGCUUCUAAAUAGUUAGGGCUUUUCAUGCUGAGAUCUGAGACUGCUUGUUGUGUUUAAUUUGAAACUAAACAAGCCUGUUCAUUCUGGGGAUUAUCUGUAAAACAAAUCUGCAAUUUAUUGUGAUUUGUGGCAAGAAAACGCUGUGAAACGAAUGCCUUUAAUCAGAUGUGUUUAUGGCUGCAAAUGGAGAGCAGUUAUGGAUGUAAUAGCAUAAAUACAUGUCACAUAUUGCAUUUUGGUAAGCACAAAAAGCUUAUAGUAUCCAAAAAAGCCUAUUUAAUAUGUUUCAUUCAGACUAUUGUUUCUAAAAAAAGUCAUAUUGUUCUUCCUUGGGUUUAAUGUUUCCCUGGUGCUAAGAGGAAGAACACCAAAUUGAGAAGUGGUUUCUAUAUUAUAUUACGUUAAUGUGUGUAUUCUAAAUGUAACUCAAACAUUUGACUCGGUAUGUGUACUCUUAAUUUAGAGAUAUGCUGGAAAUCAUUGAGAUAACUGAUGUAAUUUAGGUUCAGUGUGGUCUCUUGUUGUACUAUUGGAUGUCUGCCAUGUUUAUGUCCUCUUAAAGAUUUAAGGUCAGUGUGUCUUUUUUGGCAGAACUGAAUUAGAAGUUCUACAGGGAGACACACCUGAUUUAUAUUUGUCACUGUUCCAUGUUGAAUGAAGACUUGUUCAAACAUUGUAAAACCCAUUACAAUAAAAUGUCCUGAUUCUUGAUGCUGGAGGUCCCCUGUGAGCCUCUCUCUGAUCCUAAUAAAUCAACAACAUGGAUGGCAAAAUG